AUGGCACAACUGAGCCUGAGUCCUCGUCGCCAUCGUCAUACGUUUGCUAUUACUUUUCCUACUUGGGGACAGAUUAAAAAGCUUAGUGGGGAAGGGCAAAGUCUUUUGCAGCGUACAGGAAAAGCCCAUUCACCUGAGAAUCUGUUUUUGGCCAUGUGUGCCCUACUCACUGUCUCUUCUUCUGCUGAGGUCACUAAUGUAAGCUAUUGGGCCUAUAUACCUAAUCCUCCAAUGAUGGAGCCUACCCCCUGGGGCUCUCCGGAUAUCUCUAUCUAUACAGUUCCUCCACUAUUAUCUCCACCUUGGAAAAACUUUACCUCUCUUAAUCGCGAUGAUGGUGCUCCUUUUAAUUUCUCUUAUAAAGGGGAUGGCCCAUACAUAUGUUUAGGACCUUCUCCUUGUUUGGAGAUGGAUUGGCAAAAUUGGAUUCUGCCUGGUAAUAAUACUCUUACUUCUAGGACCCAACUACAAAGGCUUGAAGCCUGGUCUUUAAAUAUGACUUGGGAAGACAUUACUUUUGUAGAAUUUCCCUCCCUUCCUACUUGUCCUGAUUUUACAUAUCGGGAACACGGAUAUAAGCCGUUUGUAUGGCAAGAAUGUGUUGGAAAGUUUGCAAAGCAUUAUAAGGAUUUCAUCAUGUGGGGGCCUUAUGGUCAAUUUCUUACAAAUUGUUCUGAAUGGAAUAAAACAUAUUGUAGUCCUUUAUUAUCUUACAGGAUGCCAUCGAGGAAGAGUCAAGCACUGAAGAGUCUGAUAGAAACAAUACCGAGUGAUCGUCUCAUGGCUUGGGGAGACGGCGGAAUUGCAGAUCCUCGAAUCGCACAUCGAAAAUUUCCUGAACAUGUUCAAACACACCUUUGGAAGAUUGCAGCUGCUCUCAAACCUAUUCGAUUGUAUCAGGGACAAUAUGUUGGCACUGCCAACUCCCCAGCUAAUUAUACCUUUACUUCUUUUAAAGAAACUAAUGUUACAGCCUGUGUACCUUUGCCUUACCUUUUCUUGGUAGGAAGAGUUGAUUUUAAUAAUGGAAUUAGCUGUACAAACUGUCAAUUAUAUCCUUGCCUUAAUACCUCGGGGUUUGUCGGGUCAGAUUAUGUCAUUAUGAUAUUGCAGCAACGCUAUCAUAUAUGGCUCCCUGUGAAUUUAGAAAGGCAUUGGGCUCAAAAUCCUGUAGAUGUGUUUGUAUUGGAAUUUUUUAAGAAAAUUUUACAACAUACUAAAAGAUUUCUCAGUUUAAUAGUAGCAACCAUUUUGAGUCUAAUUACUGUCACUACAUUGGCUGCAAUUUCAGGGGUUGCGUUACAUACUUCAUUACAAACUAAACAUUUUGUAGAAACCUGGCAUCAUGCUUCUCGGGAUUUAUGGCUUUCUCAAACUAUGAUAGAUACUCGGUUGCAAACACAAAUUGAUGUUUUAAAACAAACUGUGGGUUGGUUGGGAAAAAAGGUACUAACUUUAGAACGACAAAUCUGGCUACAUUGUGAUUGGAAUUCUACAACUUUUUGUGUAACUAAUUUAAAAUAUAAUGAGUCUCAACAUGAAUGGAAUAUCGUUCAAAAUUAUCUGGAAGGUAAUUCUUCCGCCAUAGAUAUGAUUAAUAAUCUGCAGACUAAUGUACAAGAAGUGUUUGGAAAAUCAUUCCAAACUGAGGACGCUGCGACUUUGGCAGAUAUAUUUCUUAAAAAUUUAGAUAAGCAUUUAGAAGGGCUAGACGCAAAGGGAAUUAUACAAAGUCUGGGACACACUGCUGGGGGCAUUGGCCUUGUCUUGCUUGUUGUAGUUAUUUGUUUUAUUCUCUUAUAUUUUUGUCAUCUUCGACCUACACAGAGCUCUUUCGCCACCCUAUGGAAGGCUAUGUUGUUACAACAAAAGAAAAAAGAGGGAAUUGAGGUGGCACAG